CACCAUGGGCUCGGGAGUCAAAGUUCCUCGUAAAUUUUGACUGUUGGAAGAACUUGAAGAAGGUCAGAAAGGAGUAGGAGAUGGGACAGUUAGCUGGGGUCUUGAAGAUGACGAAGAUAUGACACUUACAAGAUGGACAGGCAUGAUUAUUGGGCCUCCAAGAACAAUUUACGAAAACAGAAUAUACAGCCUUGAAAUAGAAUGUGGGCCUAAAUAUACGGAAGCACCUCCAUUCAUAAGAUUUGUACCAAAAAUUAAUAUGAAUGGAGUAAAUGGUUCUAAUGGAGUGGUGGAUCCCAGAGCCAUAUCAAUCCUAGCAAAAUGGCAGAAUUCUUAUAGUAUCAAAGGUGUUCUGCAAGAGCUCCGGCGUCUAUUGAUGUCUAAAGAAAUAUGAAACUCCCUCAACCACCUG